ACCUCACACUUCCUUAAGUUUCACAGCUCGGCUACGCGCUAAAGGUCGGUGAACUUUACUCCAGCCCCAGCUCCUUUAUUGUGCCACCUUUGAAACUUGAGCUGAGAUAAUAUUUAACUGGAAAAGCCCGAGAGCCGCAUAACUCCAGUGUCGUACAGUUGUCAAUCGGACGCGCUCUGGACUCGGGACGCGCAGCAGCAGAAUGGUUUCCCUCUGUAAAAUCCUGCUGGGAGUUGCGAGUGUGGCUGUAGUUACCAUCUUAAUUGUAGUGCCCACGGUUGUGUUCUUAAACGACAAUGGGAAAGGUGAAGAUCAGAGGUUCUUCUCCCUGGAUGACGUCUUCAACAAUUCCCUCAAACCCAAGUCCUACAACAUGAGGUGGAUCUCAGAUACCGAAUACCUCCACAAAGCCAACGGUUCCGUCUAUCUGCACAACCCCAGCACGUCUGAAAACACUCUGUUCUUGAGUACAGAGAUAUUUCAAGAAUUCAAGGCUUACGAUUACCAGCUGUCUGCAGAUCGCAAAUAUGUGGCACUUAUGAGCAACUACACCAAGUUAUGGAGACACUCCUUCACUGCGACAUAUUCUUUAUACGAUCUGGCGAAAAAACAAGUCGUGUCCGUUAACCACCAAGUCCAGUUCUUCGCCUGGUCUCCGCAGGGACACAAACUCGCCUACGUGUGGAACAAUGACGUGUACGUAAAGACUAGCCCCGAGGUGCCUUCAGAGAGAGUCACGUACAAUGGGAAAGAGAAUGAGAUUUUCAAUGGUGUUCCGGACUGGGUGUAUGAAGAGGAGAUGUUCUCGUCCCAUCAGGGCCUGUGGUGGUCUCCCGGAGGAGCGUUUGUCGCUUACGCCCAUUUCAACGACUCCCUGGUCCCGCACAUCGAGUACACGUGGUUUGGAGACGGACAGUACCCAAAGACUGUUAGCAUUCCAUAUCCUAAAGCAGGUGCCACCAACCCGACGGUGAAGCUGUUUGUCGUCGACGUCAAUAAUGUAACGAAAAUCAGCGAAGUGAUGGUCCCGGCUGCGUACGCUUCGAGCGAGCAUUAUUUAGCCACCGUCACAUGGGCCACGGACGAGAGAAUAGCCGUUCAGUGGCAAAAGAGAGUCCAGUCCCACGUCCUGCUGCAGAUUUACAACCAGAGCGGAGGCAGCUGGGAGCCUUUCGAGGGCCUGGAGAUCAGCAGUUCCACGGGCUGGGUCGGACGGUUCUCCCCCUCAGAGCCGGUGUUUGCUGCAGACAAGACGACCUACUACCUGAUCAUGAGCGACAAGAACAAAUACAAACACAUCCAUCGUGUUAGAGGGGGCGUUGUUGAGCCAGUCACGUCUGGAAAGUGGGAGGUCGUCAGUAUUUUGUUGGUGAAUGAAGACAGUGUAUACUACGUCAGUAAUGAGUAUGAGGGCAAGCCUGGAGGAAGGAACGUCUACAGAUACACUUGGAGCGGAGGCGCCGAUUCAAAGUCGUGUCUGACCUGUCAUCCAGACUGUCUGUAUAACUCUGUCUACUUGAGCUCAAACGGCUCCUCGUAUCGGCUCAGCUGCAACGGACCUGGGAUCCCGCAACAUUCUCUCGUGACCAAAGGAGUUACGAAGUCUCUGGAGGAUAACACAGAAUUUGCAAACCUAAUUUCCACCAUUCAGAUGCCGACAGUGAAAAGAGCAACUAUUAAAAUUGACGGAUUUGAUCUGUGGUACCAGAUGGUGUUACCUCCAGGUUUCGCUGAGUCCAAGAAGUAUCCUCUUCUCAUCGACGUAUACGCAGGUCCGUGCAGUCAGAAGGUGGACUACCUCUACAGAGUCAACUGGGCCACGUACUUGGCCAGCACCGAAAAAAUCAUAGUGGCCAGUUUCGACGGGAGAGGAAGUGGUUACCAAGGAGACGAGAUAAUGCAUAAACUCUAUCAACGUUUAGGAACCUAUGAGGUGGAAGAUCAGAUAACAGCAGCCAAGGAAUUCAUCAAAAUGGGGUUCAUUGACAAGGACAGAGUGGCCAUUUGGGGCUGGUCCUAUGGAGGCUACGUCACCUCGAUGGCGCUGGGAGCAGGAAGUGGGGUUUUCAAAUGUGGAAUGGCCGUAGCUCCCGUCUCCAAAUGGAAAUUCUAUGACUCGAUCUACACUGAGCGCUACAUGAACCCUCCUCACAUGAACCAAGACGCCUAUAAUAACUCGACGGUCACAGCCAGAGCGAAAAACUUCCACUCUGUUGAAUAUUUGCUGGUUCACGGGACGGCAGACGACAACGUCCACUUCCAGCAGGCCGCGGAGAUCUCCGAGGCUUUAGUGGAGGAGCAGGUGGACUUUGACUCCAUGUGGUACACGGACAAAGACCACGGCCUCGGAGGAGCAGCCUAUCAACACGUCUACACGCACAUGAGCCACUUCCUACUCAGGUGUUUCGCAUAAUUUUUCUUUUUUUUUUUCUUUUAUAAAUUAAUUAGUUCCAAAAUUUGUCACGGCAUAAAGUUCCAACCUUGUUUUAUAUAUAUAUUUUUUGCAUUUGUUAAAAUUAAAUACUAUAACUUGAAUCCUACCUGACACUGUACAUGUUUACUACUGUGUAAAUUAAGCCUAAAAUAUAUAAUUUAUUCUGUUAAAUAUGCGGUAAUUGUGUUUUUUGCUGUUAAUAAACUUGUAAUGCUGUG